AGGGAUGAAGCGGUUAUCAGCGUUUUUCAUACAGAUGAGAUAGUAAAAUAAGCAUUUUCAAGAGUUCAACCCUCAAUGCGUGACGAAUCAGUUGGUAAACACAGUACAAUAGAUAAGACAGUAAUUCCGAACAGCUGACAGUCGCAUCCACAGUUCCGUUCGAAGCAACAGCCCAGUCCGGUUAGCAAUGUUCCAUACAUUCAAUCCUACGACAAAAGAAUGGAUAUCGCGUCAUCCACCCCCGGCCAUCGACCCACAAGCCAACUUGGGUCAGCUAAUUCUGAACGUUCUGGAUCGCAACCCGUCGAAAGUGCUUCAACUCGAUACGGACACCUCUCGCCAGCUGAUCGCCCAGGAGAUGCGCCUUCGUUCGAUCCGUGUGGCACAGAAUUUAACGGGACUUGGAUUCGGUAAAGGUGACAUGGCUGCGUUGGUUUGCUCAAACAGCGAAAACCUAACGUCGAUCGCGCUCGGUCUGAUGAUUGCCGGAGUCCCCUUCAUCACGCUUCCCGUCGGAUUUAAUGCCACCGAUCUUGGCCAUCUGAUGGGAUUGGUUCAACCGAAGUUGGUGAUCUGCGAUGAAACGAUCCACAAGACGGUGCUGGAAGGAGCUGGACAAACACUUAAAAUUAAACCCGUUAUCUUCGUGAUUGAGAGUGAACGGGAAAGUGUGCGGAAGGUUGACGAACUUCUGGGGGACACUGGCAGUGAAGCUGAGUUUGUUCCACAGUAUCACGGUGACAUGCGCAGUUUGAUUGGCAUCAUCCUGUGUACUUCGGGGACUACGGGACGUCCGAAAGGAGUGUGUGUCUCGCAAGCACACAUCGCCAUUAUACUUAGUCGACCAGCAACCGCUUACGGAAACACCGAUCUAAUCUUCAACUUUAGUCCACUUUACUGGGGAACAGGUUUGUUCGCCCUUCUGAACUCCAUCUCCAUGGGAACGACUCGAGCCAUCAGCCGAAGUCUAUUCAAUGAAGACGUCUUCUUCGAUGUACUAGAACGUCAUAAACCAACGCAUUUCUUUAGCCCUCCAUCGCACGCUGUUCUACUGUUGAGUCACCCCCGUGCGGAAAAUGCCGAUUUUAGUUCCGUGCGAAGUUGGAGUCUGAGCGGCAGUCAUGCCUCACCGCAACUAAGACAGGCUAUACAAGGGAAACUUUCGAAUGGACGAACCUACAAUAGCUAUGCUUCUUCCGAGAUUGGAUUGAUUGCGAUGGAUAUGAUGAAGGGUAAGGAGGGUACGGUGGGUCAAUUGAUGCCUCAUCUGGAUGCGAAGGUUGUCGAUGAGGGCGGAAUUGCAGUAGGCGUCGGUGAGCAGGGUGAAAUUUUGAUUCGAACAAAGAUUCCGUUCAUGGGUUACUACGGUGAUGAGGCAGCUAAUCGUGAGCUCAUAGACUCGGAUGGAUGGAUUCGAACUGGUGACAUUGGCUACUUUGAUGAGGAAGGUUUUCUCACGCUAGUCGAUCGGGUGAAGGAUGUUAUCAAGUAUCGGGGCUAUCAAAUGUCACCGGUCGAUUUGGAGGCGGUGAUAGGGCGGAUUGACGGUGUGCGGCAGGUUUGUGUGGUGGGGAUUUCGGAGAUGAGUGGUUCAUCGGAUUUGCCUGCGGCGGUGAUUGUUAGACAGCGGGGAAGUGAGCUGACGGAGCGGCAGGUUUUGGAGACGGUCGACCGUGAAGUGUCCGAUCACAAGCGGUUGCGGGGUGGAGUUUUCUUUUGGCCGGAACUGCCACUGACGGGGACCGGGAAGGUGCUGCGGAGGGUAGUUCAGCAGCGAUUGCAGGAGAUUGUUGGUCGGGAAGUUUAACGAUUGGGUACUUUUAUUUCGCCGUUUCAAUCGGUAAUUGUUGCAUAUAUUAUUUUUAAUUUUAAUAAAGCAGUCCGCUGGGCACAGUUUGAUAUCACGAA